UCCUGUUAACAAUUGCUAAGGACCUCAAACAUUUUUUUGUGGAUUUGUUUUUCCAACAAACUUGUCUCUUAACGGCAGACCCUAAUGCAAUUCUGCAAAUCAAGAAUUAAAGAUGUAGACACCUAAGUGGAAAUCACUUUGGUUGUGGACUGCCCAAGAUUGGAAUAAAAAACAUCGGCAAGUAAGCUGGAUGCCAUGGACAGCUCGGUCACCCUGUGGCAGUUCCUGCUGCAGCUUCUCCUGGACCAGAGCCAGGAGCGGCUCAUCUGCUGGACCAACCAGGAGGGCGAGUUCAAGCUGCUGCAGGCCGAGGAGGUAGCCAAGCUGUGGGGCGCGCGCAAGAACAAACCCAACAUGAACUACGACAAGCUGAGCCGGGCCCUGCGCUAUUACUACGAGAAGAACAUCAUCAAGAAAGUGAACGGGCAGAAGUUUGUGUACCGGUUCGUCUCCUACCCAGACAUCCUGAAGGGGGAGCCGACGAGCCAUGCCGAGGGGGCAGGGGAAGGGGGUUUGGGCGGGGCCUUGCCCGUGAUGGACAGGAGCCCCGGCGGCCAGCUGAAGGAGAAGGAGAGCAAGAGCGGAGCGUUGGAGAGAGCCGGGGCAGUUGCAGCGGGGCAGGGCAAGCCCGCCGGCCGCAACGACUACAUCCACUCGGGCCUGUACACCACCUUCACUCUGACCUCUCUGCAGUCCGGCACGCAGCUCUUCAAGUCCAUCAAGAUGGAGAACCCGGGCGAGAAGCUGGCCGAGAAGAGAGGCGCCCAAGAGGUCCAGGCGUAUCAGCCGCAGCAGCAGUCCUCCUCGCCGUCCGUCAUCCGGUUCGGCACCAUCCCCACCAGCCGCUCGUCUGCCUUCACCGCCGCAGCCGAUAGGCCCACGCAGACAGUGGUGCAUUCCCUCCAUGCCCCGUCAUUGGUGGCCGGCAACGUGGACGUGACGGGCAGCCAGCUGGCUCUGCAUCAGAUGACCGGUUCGUUUGAGGACACCCCGGUGUUCAGCCUGGUGGAGCUCAACUCCCGCUCGCCCUCGCCCAACACGCUGCAGGACUCCACCCAGGAACUGGUGAUUGACAGCGACAUCGAGUCCAUCUCCUCCCAGCCAUCAGAGGUUCCGCUACAGAGCCACUCCAUCUCCAGCGUGCUCUCGAGCACGGCACAGGGACGCGAGGUGCAGCUCUCUCCUGCCCGCAGCCAGAGCGGAAAGCUCCGGAAGCCCAAAGGCCUGGAGCUGAUGCCCACGCUGGUGGUUACCAGCUCGGACCUGAGCCCCAUGGGCCUGUCCAGCCCCUCGCUGCCCACCGCCUCGCUCACACCGGCUUUCCUGCAGACUCCCACGCUGCUGCUGACGCCGAGUCCUCUGCUGUCCAACAUCCACUUCUGGAGCACGCUCAGUCCAGUCGCCCCUCUCAGCCCCGCCCGCAGACAGGGCCACCACACACUGUUCCAGUUCCCCUCCGUGCUCAACACACAGUUCACCUUGCCAAUACAACACAGCCUGGACGGCACCACCCCCGGACCGCUCUCGCCGGACCCCCCAAAGACAUAAGGCCCCACUCCGCUCCGGGCCCCAUCCGCGUCACCCACGCCAUCUCUCACCGCCCAGGCCUCUACACUCUCCGGCUUUUUUCCCCCUCACGUCCAAAUCUUGUCGCGGUCUAAAAAAAAAACAACAAAAUCAGGCGUUUUGCUGUUGCUAUUUGUCGUUUAUUUGUUUGUUAAAGUAAGGCUCGAUAGCAGAAUGUUUCUACCGUUGGAGUACGAUUGGUGAAGAUGGGCUGGAGAGGACAAGGCUCUUUUCCCCCGUUUUCCGUUUCCCUGCUCUUUUGGUAAAUGCUCGUCGCCAUCGCCAAGCAGGCUCCGCCCCUCAGGAAAAAGCUCAGACGCACGAGCAGAAAGGGAGCCUGGCCAGUGGUGAAGCUGCUGCGUCACAUGACCACGCACCAAUCAGGCCUCUCACGUGGAUGAUGUAAGGAUGGUCUUUUAAAACUUUUACUGGUGUAUUGUUGAACUUCAAGUGCCCUUCAUGGAUGCGGCUGGGCUGAACUUCUUGAAAUAAAUAUUCCUUUUUUUUUUUUUUUUUUAAACAUGUUUUUUAACAUGUGUCCUAAGUAUGUGCUCUGUGAUGACUCAGCCUGACCAACUUUCGAUGCCUAUUUUCUCACCCUGUUGACCUUUUCUAAUAGGUUUUAGGAGAGUUCGCCUAAAGGUGGCCUCAUAGUUGAAACCUUCUGACCUAAUUGUGACCUUCUCUCGUCUGCACCUUUUCCCCCAAAAAAUUUGCUUGGGCCACUCAGUGUCGUGACAGCAAUCGAGAGAGAUUAGCUGGCGUUAAUGCCAUCAGUGUCUCGCCCACAAAUUUGCCUGUAGAAAAUUGCAUCUCCCACUGUUCAGCCAGGAGUUCACCGAAUGGGCAACUUGGAUAGAUAAUCCCCUGCAAAAUGCUGUAAUGAGCUAUGAAGAGUCCUGGCAAGUCGAACCGCCCUCAGUGCUCAGCGUGCUUCUGUAUCCCUCUAAGCCUCUAUUAACGGUUUUCAUUUUUGAAAAGUUAAUGUGACUCGCAGAGGAAGGGAAAGUCUAGAACGAUUUGCACUCCGAGGCAGUCGCAGCUGGGUAUGACUUGGGACGGCCAAGACUGUUGACGGCACAGAAUUGUAUGAACGUACCGCAUGCUAGUGCCACCCAUUGCUUGGUAAUCCCACUGAGGUAUUUCUGUGUGCAGUGGCAGGUAUCCAAGAAGGCCGACCAUAGGCAGUAAUGCAUCUGUUACUGGUUUCUGACAUGGUCGUUUCUAGACGCCCAUUUGAGAGCACACCUUCUUGACAUUUCCGAAGGAGAAUAGGUGGGGUAUAUAAAAAAAACCCAAGAAUAAUUGAUAUCCACAUAACAUUACCAAUUAUGUAACCCACAAAUUAAGAACAGAUCAAUUCUACAAUGACAGCGAAGACACCUUGUUCACUGCACUGCCCUUGGCACCAAGCAAGUUUACCUGCUUUGACCAAAUCCGGCCCUUUGCGUGGAUGGGGAAAAAAAACAGGUUAUUCAAACACUGCAACACAGUUGUGGCAGGGAUACGGCACGGAGGAAUAGCGUAAUGUAUAAACGAUUCUGUUUUGUAACCUUAGCAGCUUAGUCUACACUAGACGUGUGGUCUGCAUCCCUGUCAUUGUUGCCACUACAUCUCUCUGGCUCACAGCGGACAUGAGCAGCUUUCGUCGCCCUUUGUCUUUAGUGGUUCAUCAGUUGUAGACUAAAGGGAUCACGAGGCUGCUUUCCUUCACUUUUGGCACUGCAGAUUGUAUUUACUAUUUGUCUCAGAAUUUGUCGCUUAUGUGCACUUUCCUCUAAAGUGCAGUCCCCUACCUCUUUCCACAGGCUUUACCCUUGAGUCCAACUGAAGGAGAAAGCCCCGCUUUGAAGACAAACUACACCAGCACUUAAAAAUCCACUCGAAACUGGAAUUUGUAUUUUAAUUGUAGGCGCUUAAUCUAAUCUGUUUGGGAGACGUUUGACCUUGCGUGUAUGUUUGUGUUCAAAUCUAUCCCCAAGUGACUUAACCCCCUCAAGCCCCUCUGUUCCCUCUUCCUUCACCGGCGUUAGGACACACAGCUUCUCACAAACAAGGCCACUAGUGUUUCAUUUGUGAGCGGGAGUCAGUGGAGGUAGUUAGUUAAUCAGUAAUCUACAGUAGGUCCACAGUAUCAGGCUGUAUUAGAGUCGUCUCAAGGACAUCAAGCUGUUUCGUUAUGUUUUCCCCUCUCAUAACACGGGAAUGAUUUGAUUUCAUUCACACUCCCUCGGAACCUCAGAAAGAUAUAUCUCAGGUAUUUUGAUGCAGAGUCUUGUCCUGUAACAAGAUCUAGAACAUGUCAGGUAUUAUGAUGCACGUCUUGUCCUGUGUUAAGAUCUAGAACAUAGCCGGGUUCAAUCACCAGUUUUAUAAUAAUUUCUACUUUCUUGGAGAAAACUGAGAGUCUAAAAUGAAGUUUUUGUUUCUACUCAUUUUAAGCCAUACUCAAUUGACCUCUGACUAUAAGUCAGAAAUCAAAUCUAACUUACCCUACAGAGAAUUAUACUGCACAGCAUUUGAACACAAUGUUGGAAUGAGAAGGCCAUGCACAUGGUGCCUUAUUUUGCUGGAUGGAUGUAUUUGCCAAAUGAGAUGAGCUUGUUGGCUGUGCACUCUCAGCUAGCACGGCCCUCAUCAACAAGAGAUGAUUGCUAGGGACAUGAUGCAGUUGCUUUUCUGGAAACAAACUAUUUUCCCCAUUUCUGUCCAUUCCUCGGUGUGCAGGAUGUCAUGCUGAUCUCUACAGCCUAUGAAUGGCUAAAGCCAUUUUCUUAUACACAGGAUUCCUGGUGUACCUCGUGUGGCCCUGCGUUUUGAAUAGCAGACAUUCUGUGCUUUACAGAAUAUGAGAAAAUUAUAACAAUUAUAGAACAUUGUUCAUUUUGAAAGAGAGAAAAAAAAAGUAUGGGCAUCAGCACUUACGUGCUGUGUUGGUUUUCUACUGUUAAUAACAUACUAUAACUGCCCUCCUGUGCUUCUGUACUAUUGUUUCCACGAGUCUAUGAAGUCUUCACUUUUGUUUGGUUUUGUUUUGUUUUGUGAAUGUCGCUGUGCCCUGUGUACCACUGGUGCAGGCGAUGUGUGAGAGGCUCCCGUCAGCUUCUAACGCCUCCUGUGGGACUGGUUGUAAUGUGUGUACUGCAAGCUCAGAACAUAACAAACACGGUGCAUAAUGACUGUUUUUAGACCUUCUCAUUCUGUGGAUUUUUCUGUGUAUACUUUUUUUGCCCUUCUUUUGUCCCCUUGUGGGUGUUGUACUAUUGUUUUCCCUAGAUGGAUUGAAAUUAUAAUCAACAUUGUUUGGUUUGUUUUAGUGGAUAGUUUUGUUUGUUUGUUUGUUUGUUUGUUUUCCUUGUCAAUUCUGACCAGUCAGUGGACCUAUCCUUUGUAACACUGAAGGUUUGAACGUAGCAGCCUAACUGAACCAAGCUAAUCUGUUGUACAGUGAUUUGAUGCUAAAGUAGUGAUGCUUGACAGUAUUGGCACUUAAGGAGGUUUAUUUGUCCAACUAAAAGGUGACCUAAAAAUAAUUAUUUUUAACCCCAGGGGAUAUCCUCUGUCAAAUAUCACUUAUGUAUAGUCAUAAACCACAGUGGUUUUAAAAGUAAGUCUUAUUUCAAGGUGCAGUUUCAUAGAGAUAAAGAUUGACUCUACUCUGGGAAAAGGAAUGUUGUAUAAUUUUAUCAUUAUUAUUUGAGAAGAUAUCCACUUUUUAUCCCACUUUGAUAAAAAAAAAAAGUAAGUAAGUAAGUCUAUGCACAAAGUACUUUAUGCUGCACAGGUGGACUCCUAAAAAGAUGAAAUCCCAACAGACUUUUACAAAUCAAGCUCAUCAAAUGUCUAUUUUCUCUCAUAAUCUAGAUUUCUAUGCUAGUGGUAAAGUAUAAGAGAGAUAUGCUAUAUUUUACUUACUAUAGUUUUGAUAAAAUUCAAAUGACUAACAGCCAUCCAAUUUUGCAUUGUACUCCUCAAGACAUGCUAGCAUAAAGGUUGAAACAGAGACAAAACAGAAGUGGUCCAUAUAGGAGUAAUAAAUGGUUGCCUUUUCCUCUUGUGUAUAAAAGAAAACAAAACAUCCUUAUGGUACUGAUAUAUCCCAUUGCUUUGAAAGUCAUCAGCCCUCGCAAAUGUAUUUUGUCAAAUAAAGAACAAAUAUUUUCCUGUUGUUUAACUCAAAUGUUGAAAUGCCAAAUGUUUACAAGCUUAAUGUUAAUUGGAGUGUUCCUUGUACUGUAAAUAGAGGUGGAGCGGUAAAUCUGUUGAAAUCAAACAGGAAAUACAUUAAAUAUGGUCUUUGUCAACUG